AUGGCGGCCAGCCGCUCCAUGCUCGAGACCUCGCAGCACGCCGCCGGCCCCUCGCAUGCAUCUCGCCGGGGACCCACCAUCCGCAGUCGAGCCACCCCGCGCCAGCCACCGGCCCGCAGCCGACUCCACUCGCCGGCCCAAAGCGCCGCCUGUACUGCACCGCCCUCUGCCUCGAUCUCCGCCGCCGCAGCCCCGAUCCGGCCCGAUCCGACCAUCUACGCCGCCAACCUGCCACCGGAGCCUCGCUGCCCUCGCCCCUUGCGCCGGUGGAGGCAGCCGCCGGCCCUGCUACGCUCGGGCUCGAGCAGCGGGAGGGGCGCGGACGGCAGUUCAGAAAAUGAAUCCCUCCCAGCUCAGACUUUUGUAGAUCUACCUGAUCUUGUAAGAGUUGUAUCGAUUGGCCGCAAAGUGGAAGAUCUGCUUGCAAACCCUGAAAGCAAAGAAUGGUUAUCCAUAUCAACUGAGCUGUGUGGAGGUACACACAUUUCAAACACUAGGGAUGCUGCAGCAUUUGCUCUCUUAUCCGAAGAGGGUAUCACAAAAGGUGUUCGGAGGAUAACGGCUGUUACUGCUGAGUGUGCCUCACAGGCUAUGAAGUUGGCAUCAUCUAUCGAUAGUGAUAUCAACGAAGCAUCUAAACUGGACGGGGCGACAUUGGAAAAGAAAACUGGGUCCACCAAGAAUACACCGGAUGCAGCUGCUAUCCCAGCUGCACGAAAAGCUGAUGUAAAAGGCAAUGUCUCAAAGCUGGAAGAGCAACUUAGGGAGGCGAAGAAGAUAAUGGGCAAAGGAAAUAUCCAAAAGGCUGUCAAGACUGCCAUAGAUGCCGCAGAAGCUGCUGUUUCUAAAGGAAAACCCUUCUGUGUUACUCAUGCCGACGUGGGUCUUGAUACCACUGCUAUCCGCGAAGCAGUUGUCAAAGCCAUGGAUCGGUUCAAGAAAGAUCUGAACUAG